AUGGGUUUCAAAUUCCGGUUCGUGUGCGAUUUGCUCUCUUCUCUGGAGAACAACAGAAUUGCAAAGGCUGCGACGGAGGCCAAGAACACAGAUCCAGAUGCUCGGGUCGUGAGCCGAUGGUUCACCCAACAUGGGAAGCGACUGCGCAACAAAGACACGGACACAUUGGCGGUCUUGUUCUGUAUAUUCCCGGAGAAGCGGACAGACAGAGUUUAUUAUUUACAAGACACAUCCCUUGCGAGAGUUAUUGGUCGAUGCCUCCUUCUCGGGUCCUCUCGCCGAGAGGAACUUGAACGAUGGCGCCUCUCUGGUGGCGUAGAUCUGGGACAAUGCGUGGAGAAUGUGAUGAAACAGGCUGAAAACCAUAUCAUCAAUGGUUUGGAAGUCACUGUGGAAGAGAUUGACGCUGUGCUUAACAGUAUCGCAUCCCGGUGCAAAUUCUCUGGUCCUCGAGUGCGAAGGCAGCGAGCGGCGGUUGAUGUAGAAGAGGCGCUUUCUCCGAUAUACCGACGACUGAGCAGCAGAGAUGCCAAAUGGCUGACUCGAAUGAUACUAAAGAGUUACCUUCCCAUCGUUGUGCCUGCGAAGCUGACAUUAAAAAGCUUUCAUUUUCUGCUUCCACAUCUGCUUCGUUUCCAAGACUCAUUCGAGGCAGCUUUGAAAACGCUUGCUUCGAAACCAAUCUGCCAUUUCCCCCCUCACCCUGAACCUUGGCUGGCCAAGGAUUUGGGUAUAAUAGCUAUGGAACACUUGCAUCCAGGGAUUGGCGUUAAAAUUGGACGGCCAGACUACUACAAAGCUCGAAGUAUGAAGCACUGCUGCCAAAUGAUUGGUACUCGCCGAAUGAGUAUAGAGAGAAAGUAUGAUGGUGAAUACUGUCAGGUGCACAUCGAUCUCUCGAAUCAUCCUAAUGCCAUACAAAUAUUUUCUAAAAGUGGUAAAGACUCCACUGCGGAUAAGUCGGGGAUCCAUCAAGUCAUUCAUGACUCCUUGAGAAUACACAAACCUGGAUGCAAAUUCAAGCAGCGAUGCAUUCUGGAGGGUGAACUUCUUGUGUGGAGUGAUAAGCACCAAAAGAUUAUGGGUUUUCACAAGUUGCGUAAAUUCAUAUCCCGAUCAGGUACCUUUAUUGGGACUGAGAACGAUUCUCCACCACAGCCCUAUGAGCAUUUGAUGAUAGUCUUCUUUGAUAUUCUACUACUUGAUAAUGAUGUUUGCUUGCGAAAGCCCCAUCGGGAAAGACGGCUGUUACUCAAAGAUGUAGUGCAAGUAACCGAUGGUCGGGCCGAUAUCUCUGAACAACGAGUACUGGAUUUUGCUCAUUCUGGCAGUCAGGCGCGACUUGAAGCUACCUUUGCAAAAGCUGUCGCGGAGCGAUGGGAAGGACUCGUCUUGAAAGGCUGCGAAGACCCUUAUUUCAACAUGUUCUCCGAUGAAGGAAAUGACUUCUGUGGCCGCUGGAUUAAGUUCAAAAAAGAUUAUAUUCCAGGCUUGGGCGAUACAGUGGACUUGGCUCUAAUCGGUGGAUCAUACAAUUCACGGGAUGCCGCGGCACUAAAAGAAGUGAAUAAACUGCUAUGGACACAAUUUUUUGUUGGAUGUCUCGUGAACAAAGAAGCUUUCCUGCAAUCCAAGGCGAAACCCAGGUUUCGAGUCAUUGAUGUGAUAGGUCCCAGUUGUAUGAGCGCGAAAAACUUGCAAAUCCUCAAUCGAUUCGGCGAGUACAGUGCUUGUGAUCCGGAUUCAGGUCAUGGAUUUGAUAUAGAAUCCGGAAACACUAGUUUUCCCAGCAUGAAGGUCGUAUACAGGACACCAAUUGUUGUUGAAAUGCUAGGUAGUGGGUUCGAAAGACCGUCAGGAGCUAGAUACUACGCUCUUCGAUUUUCGCGAAUCAUAAAAAUCCACUGGGAUAGGUCGUUUGAGGAAGCAGCUUCAUUCACGGAAUUGCAGCUUCUAGCUGAAGAUGCCCGAUCAGUUCCCGACGACUUAAUACAGGAAGAAAAUGAGUGGAUUAAGCGUCUUAAACUUGGAAGUGCUCGUCUUCCCAGUCAACAGCAGGCAUAG